GUCCAUGAUGGGCUUUGGAACAGGAAAAGGUUUGAUUGAAUUUGUUUAUGUAUGAUUUCAGGACUGCAAUCCAUUUCUACGACUACAGAGAAGGCGUUGGCGGGCGAAAUGAAGAGCGCAGUGGAGAGUGACACCAGGAGAACCAAUCAGGUUCCAGAGGACCACGGAGAUGUAGAUGAUAGUUCAGAAAAGACCCCCAGCAAGGCCUCCAAAUCUCCACAAAAGAGCACCAAACGGCCGAAAACUGUCCCUGUCAAAGUCACUUUACUAGAUGGCUCAGACUACGAGACUGCAGUUGAAAAAUUUGCUAAAGGCCAGACCCUGCUGGACAUGGUGUGUGGUCAUCUCAACCUGCUGGAGAGGGAUUACUUUGGUCUGAAUUUCCAAGACACGGAUAACGCCAAGAAUUGGUUGGAUCCUUCCAAAGAGAUUAAGAAGCAAAUUCGGGUUGGUUCCUGGGUUUUUGGAUUUUCUGUCAAGUUCUACCCUCCGGAUCCAUCUGUACUUAUUGAAGACAUCACCAGGUACUACUUGUGCCUGCAGCUCAGGGACGACAUCCUCUCCGGUCGUCUGCCCUGCUCGUUUGUUACCCACGCCCUUCUGGGCUCCUAUACCGUCCAGGCUGAACUGGGAGACUAUGAGCCCGAAGAACAUGGUCCCGAUUACAUCUGUGAUUUCCGCUUUGCCCCCAAUCAGACACGUGAGUUGGAGGAGAGGGUGAUGGAGCUGCACCGUAACUACAGGGGCAUGAGUCCAGCAGAGGCAGAGGUGAACUUUCUAGAAAAUGCCAAGAAGCUCUCGAUGUAUGGCGUGGACCUUCAUCACGCUAAGGAUUCAGAGGGAAUUGAUAUAAUGUUGGGUGUGAGCGCCAACGGUCUGCUUAUCUAUCGAGACCGUCUAAGGAUCAACCGGUUUGCCUGGCCAAAGAUCCUCAAGAUCUCCUAUAAGAGGAGCAAUUUCUAUAUCAAGAUUCGCCCCGGAGAAUAUGAACAGUUUGAAAGCACCAUUGGCUUCAAGUUGCCCAACCAUCGGGCCUCAAAGCGAUUGUGGAAAGUCUGCAUUGAGCACCACACGUUCUUCAGGUUGGUUUCUCCAGAGCCGCCUCCCAAGGGCUUCCUGGUGAUUGGCUCCAAGUUCCGCUACAGUGGCCGCACCCAAGCCCAGACCAGACAGGCCAGUGCUUUGAUUGACAGGCCCGCUCCACAGUUUGAGCGGUCCAUUAGCAAACGAUACAUGCUGCCUCGAAGCAUGGAUGGAGCUUCUGCUCUAGGUGACAGCAUGGACCAGCUGUCCCAGCGAAGCUCCAGUGAACGCACACAGUUCAUGUCUAGAGAAGACCUGGACCAAGAAGGCAGCCUCGAUCUAGACCAUGAUCACUACCACUAUCAAGACCAUGAUCAGUUUACAGACCAGGAACUGGAACAAGAUCAAGAACAGUAUCAGAAGCAACCUCAGAGAAUUGAUACCUCAAUUCCAACCAAGACUUUGGAGCUCAAGGGUGAGGAGGAGGCAGGCUCGCCUGUACAGUCAAAGCCAGAGGAUCUGGUCAGCCCUCGGCCCAAACAGGAGCAGUUUUUGGAUAAGCCAGAAGAUGUUCUACAAAAGCAUCAGGCCAGUAUCAAUGAGCUGAAGAGGGCUCUGAAGCAGCCCAACAGCAAGAUGGCGCAGAGGGAGAAACGACUUUCUUCUGUUACACCACCUGGGGGAACCCCUGAGCGAAAACCAGAGACGCCGCCCACACCUGCUAUUCACGAGGAGCCUCUGAAUGAAGCCUCAAGGGAACCUUGGGAAAGGCGUCUGGGCUCCGUCUCAGAGGAUGAUCAGGACCACGAGAUCCUGUAUCUGAAGGAAACCCACUUGGGCAUUGAGCGUAAAUGUUCCAGCAUCACAGUGAGUUCUACGUCCAGCCUGGAGGCUGAAGUGGAUUUCACCGUCCUCACCGACCUGCACACGGGCAUGGAGGAGUUUUCCAGGGGCAUGUCGGAGCUGGGAGAGAGGGAUCUCUCACCUGAUGUGGGUCUGUGCUUCGGUAUGGACUUCCUGCAGCAGCUGGGCCCCUCUGAGUUGCCUCCUCCGUUAGUGUCUGCGCCUCCUUCCAGAGGAGCCAGCAGCAGCCCCCCUCCAGCCAAACAAAUCCAGGCUGAAGAAAUCCACUCAGAUGUCAAACGGCCCAGCGUGCAGCCUGUAGUACCCAAAAAACCAAAGAGGUCAGUGCCUGUGUCCUCGUCAUCAGUGGACAGAGAGACGUCACACAGAGAGACGCCACACGCUCGCGUCUCCGUCACGUCCCUGAGCAGGGAGACCAGCGACGCCGUGGUUUUGUCCACAGUGAGGAAGACUGACGUCACAACCGAAGCUCAGCCCAACGGGUCAGAGGUCACCACGACCAUCGUGGAGUUCACAGAUCAGGAUCACGGUAUCAGUGGUCUCAGUGAAGUUUCAUAUUCUACCAGGCAAAGCGUCUCCCCUGUACAUAUGGCAGGUUUUGGAAGAGAGGCUUCAGGGUCGCCCAUCCUUGAAAAUGUAACCUCAGCAACCACUCACGUCACCAAGACGGUGAAAGGAGGAUAUUCAGAGACCAGGAUCGAGAAGAGAAUCAUAAUCACCGGAGACGAUGAUGUUGACCAGGAACAGGCACUGGCUAUCGCAAUACAAGAAGCCAAACAGCAGCAUCCAGACAUGCAGGUGACCAAAGCGGUGGUUGUCAGGGAAACCGAAUCAUCUGCAGAUGAUCGACACAGUGCACUGGAAGUAGAGCUGCCAUUUUGACUCCCAACAACAAUAAUAUUAGGCCAAGAUGAGGUCUCUCGACCGCCUUUCACUUCAGAUUGUGCUUCUCUUUCCUUUUUUUUUAAACAAUGUGCAGUGGUGAUUUCCUGAGACAACAGUGCCCCCCUGAGGACCAGGUGUGUCAUUGCCCUACUUGUAUUUUCUCCAUC